GUGAUAUGAUAACAUUAACCUCUUAGCAUAACAAAUGUAUUUAAUGUUUGACAAAACAUUGUGGUUUUAAGUUAUUUGUCGACAGAUAAAGACUAAAAAUGUCGAACACUGACGUAUAUCCAACGCUAACAGUUGGUACAGCUAUCGAAAUACUCAAGAAAACCCUAAAAGAGUUGGUCUCAGAGAAUGUGCGGAAAAGGGAAGAAGCGCGCAAUGCAAUCGGCAAUGAGAUGCUUAAAAUGAUGCAGUACAUGUUCCCAAUGGUGAUGAAGAUCCAAAUGGACGUACUACAGGAAUCUGGCUAUCCAGACGGACGUGAUGGACCUAUUAAGUUUGCGCAAGUUCUGAGGUCUUUAGCAAAGGAAAAUGGAGAAAUCAGUAUGUUACACUCCAAAAUCAAAGCAUAUUAUUUGCAACCAGUGGAAGGCCUUGCCACCAAUGAGGCAGCUGUGGAUGAGACACAGUGACUUGGAGGUUGAACAAAAUUAAUGCAUAAUUGUAACUAACUUGAGUGCAACCAUUUCUAUGUGAGCCAUUAAUUCAUAUUUAGACAUGACAUCAGUGCAUGCAUUUAUUGAUAUGUAGCUUUACUUCUAUAUUAAGUUUUAUGUAAAAUAUGUGACUGAAUAUACAAUUUUAUCUAUA